AUGCACCGCCGGGGCCACGCCACGCAAAGCGUCGCGGGGGGUCAAUUCAAGCGCACACGGCGUGAAGGGCCAAUUCACAUUCCAGUCACCAGGGGGCACGCAAGCACAAACUGUGCACACAACGGCGGAGAUCGCAGCACGUGCGACUCAGACACUGUGGCGGACGAGCGGGUUGCCCGCUGCAGAGACAGAGCACAGACGCAGUCCCAAGAGUACCGCAGCACAGCCGAUCCCAGAGGGCGGAGACAUGGUGCCGCCAUGCCUCGGAGCAUCACAGGCUUGGGCUCGAGAGGGCACCAAGGUGUUUCGCACGGACCUCCAGCAGCACGGAGAAGCUACCGCGGAGGACAUGAUUGCGUUCCUCCCGUUUGCGGAGAGCUUCAGCUCAGGGCAAGCUGCCUCCUGGUGAGGCUGCUUGCGCGUUGCAUGCUGGCUCCAAAACAGACUCGGCAUGCUCCAUUCCGUCCGUACAGAUUCCUGUGGGAAUGUCACGGCUGCCGCUUGUACGGUGCCUCAGUGCGUCUCCAACCAUGUGAUUACAGCGGCCAGAGGUGCUCCAAACGCCGAGGUGGAAGCAUUCCAGUCAGCUUCACGCAGGGCAAGGGCAGCAUGUUCCGUCGCGGCAGCAAGCCUGCCAGUCGCGGGAUGCCGUCCUCCGUCCCUGCAGUGGAUAGCAGAGGGUGGUCCGACUCCAUGUAA